CCUCCGUCUUUACAUCAGAGUUUGGGUUGUCCUUCGUGCGGAGAAAGUUAAAUUUCAGUCAGCUGAGCUGACUGAGACUAAUGACCGCGGUGUAGAAACGGUCACCGAGUUUUCCAGAGCUUCAGCCGGCCAGUCCCUCCUGUGGAGAACCCUUCAAUCAAGGUGAGGAGGAGAGUGCUCUGAGCACAGAGGACCAAAGGUCAUCAGAAGUCCUGGUCCGAGCUUAUACGCCCAGCCCUCCCCCUCCGCCCUCACCGCCAGCACCAGCACAAGUCAAAGAGAACGCAUCCAGGCUGUUCACACCGAGCAAGCUCAGUUUCACUGCCCCCCAGUCAGGAGGCAACAACAUGAACCUGUCAGACCUGCCUACCUUUACUUCCAGCACUUUCCCUCCCAGUGCCUUUAACUACGAGCGACCGAGGCAUUUUAUUCAAUCCCAGCCGGCCUUCCAGGCACCCAGCUAUGAAAGUGUACUGAGGGAGGCCCAGGAGAACCAGAACAAUUCCCAGCAGAAGCUCAGCAGUUCCCAGAAUAGUCCAAAGUUUACAGAGACCCAGAGUCAAACUAAAACCAUGUCUACACAAAGCCAGCCAGUGUCCAAGUCUUUGUCUCAGACCCAGUUACAGUUUCAGUCUCUGAGCCUCGGUCAGAACCAGACCCAAGCUAACGGCACCAAGUUCGCCUGCUCAUCUGGUCUCAGCUCUCCAGUUUUCACCCCAGCCUCCUCUGCUGCGCUUCCUCUAUCUUCCACUCCCCCCUCUCUCAGUCCCUCUGCCACCUCCACCACCACCUCCUCUCGUUUCCCAGAAUCCUCAUCCUCCCUCACCCGCACUACCAUGCGUUCCACCAUCACUCUCACCCCCAGGGUCCCUAGUGCCACCGGCCUUGGCAGUGCCACCCUGCCAGCCAACCAGGACACCCUGUCAGCACCUGCUGCUUACCUCUGCUCCGUGCUGCCCUCCCUGUCCUCCUCCAAACUGUCUCCGAACUCCCACACUCCACCCCUCUCUACCUCCCCCUCCCCACUCGACCCUUACAGCCCAGUCCUCCCCAUAAGGGCCUCUUCCUCCCUCCCCCAGCAACCUCUCCCAGUGUCCCCUACUCUCCCUUGCUCCCCUCUUUCUCCCUCCUCUUCUUCUUCCUCCUCCCUCCCACAGCCCGACACUCCUAGCAGUCCGAACAGAGCACCGCCCACCGUGGUCUCCCUGCCUGCCAGCUACAAGGGGACAUCUAACACACUUCCCAAGCCCAUCCUCAAGAAGUCUGUUGUUCCUCGGCCAUCUUCUCGUUCCACAGAUGAAGAAAUCCAAGGUUCCAAAGAUGCCCUCAUCCAGGACCUGGAGAAGAAGUUGCGCUCAAAGGAGGCUAGGAGGAGAAACAGCCAGAAACUGUCAUAUGAGGAGCGUAUGGCUCGUCGUCUGCUGGGUCCAGACAAUGUCGCCUACGUGUUUGACCAAGACAGUCUUCCACAGCUUGAUCAGCCAGACUCAGAGGGACGACACAUGGGCGGACUAUGGGGAAGGCACCGCUCGGAGACAGAUGAGAGGGGCACUGAGGGAUCAACUAUCCAGGAGAAGUGUUACGCUCCUCGCUUCCUGCAGAUCCCCACAGACCUCACUGUCGAGGAGGGACGCUGCUGUAGAAUUGAUUUCAAGGUCGGAGGCCUGCCUACACCAGAUGUCUGCUGGUACCUGGAUGGUAAAGCCAUUCGUCCAGAUGACUACCAUAAGAUGUUGGUGUGUGAAAAAGGGGUGCACUCAUUCAUCAUAGAGAUAGUCACAGUGCACCAUGCUGGUGUGUACGAGUGCGUGGCCAGGAACCGAGCGGGGGAGAGCAGAUUCACCAUGAGGCUGGAUGUAAUAGCUCAAGAGGUUCUCCGCCCUCCCACCUUCAUCCAGAAGAUGUCAAACUCCAGAGUUCUGGAGGGCGACACUGUGAGGCUAGAGUGCAGAGUUGACGCCUCCCCUCCUCCACAGCUCUUCUGGAAGAAAGACAAAGAGAUGCUGUGCAUUGACCCCAACAGAAUGAGUCUGUACGAGGAUGGCUCAGGCCGGCAGUGCCUGUUGUUAGAGAGGGUGAUGAAGUCCGAUGCUGGCUGGUACACGCUCUCUGCCAUUAACGAAGCUGGCAUGUCUACCUGCAAUGCCAGGCUGGAUGUAGGCACUCGCACAACUGCAGCUGUAAAAACGAACACCCCUGCCUCGAACACGUUGAAGCUGCUGUCAUCUCGGCGCCACAUGCCCGCUCUGACUGUAGAGAGUCCCGCCCAACACACUGCCCCGCUGUAUGAGAGCGAAGAGCUGUAGAUCCACACUAACUCCAGUCUGUCACGCAUCAUACGCCUCCGAACUGUACAGCUGGGCCAGAGCUUGUAUGAACUGUAAAGUCAGGGCAGAAACAGUUCUAUACUUGCUUUGGCUCAGAGUACAAAUGAAUAGCAUCACAGCAGAUAAGCCCACGUCUCAAAAGCCAGUCCAAAUCAGGCUCAGUAAGCAAGCAAUGCUUUGGUUGAUGUGCAAGAUAAAUAAGCUUUGCAAUAUUUUAAACUACAAUUGUGAUCCAGUAUUAGAUGAGUUUUCUGUUACUGAAAGAAGUUUUGUCUUGCAACAUGCUCAAAGAAAUGUUCCUCCAUGUUGCAGAGGUUCGUUGAUAUUCUGAAUCAGCCUUUAAUGAUUGUUUCUAAUGUCUAGGAAACAACGGCACCCUUUAAGAACACUUGAUUGAUCCAUAGGUUCAGGGGGUGUAGUUCAAAUAUUCACUCAUGUUGUCCAUCUGCUGCUGCUUGUUAUCUCUGUGCCCCCCCGUGUUCAAAGCUCGUGUUUGACAUAUGCCUGUUGCCUCUCUACUCUGCCUGCCUGUCGUGUCUGCUUUCAGCAAUGUGGUCUAGGUCAUGGAUGUAUUAAUAGACUUGGCUAUGGAGCAGAAGGGUCAGCUAUGCUGCCGGUUUUGUCCCAGUGGCCAACCACAAUACUGCAUCGCCAAACGCUCUAUGAUCCAGAAACAAUUUCCCCAUAGAAAACUGAAGACAGGACAAGUUCGUUUAUUAUGUGCUGGGUAAGCACCUUUCUUUUGAAUAAUUGUUAAUGAAAUAAUGUUGAAACAGUUUCUAGCUCUCUUCCAU